AAUAAAAGACUUGGCUUCGGCCUUUCAUGCGAACCUAUAUGUAUAUGAAGAAAAUGAAACAUGAAGAACACGAAAUACUACUUUUAUGGGAAAUUGUACUAUUUAUGUUUGAAGAUGAAGAUUAUAUAAAUACUUAGCUUGACUUUGAACAAGCUGUGUAACGUAAAGAAUAGAAAAAUAAAAAUGAAGACUUGGCUGUAUGGGCUUUUGACCCCCUUGCCUGUCCAGAUGGACGAACAGAACCAAAAAAAAAAACUCUUUGAUUGUCUAAUGUGAUAAUGUCAGAAGUGAGAAGAGUAAAGACUAUAUUUUAAUACUAAUAUAAGAAUUAUAUUUUUUAUUGAAUUUUAGAAUAAUUUUCAUUUUUCUUCAUCCCUAAUUGUAGUAAUAGUUACUAAAGUAUAACAACCUUUGUUUUACAAUUUACCGCUCAAGUAAAUAUAAAGAUGUCAGCUGAUGUUGAGGUUAACAGCAUUGGCAAAGAACUAAUUGAAAAUGGAACAAACAAACUGGAGAAAGAUCUUCCAUUGAUGUUACAAGAUAAAUCAAAUUCUGGGGAAAUACAGACAGAAGCCAUAUAUGAGUUUUAUUAUGUGGAAAGUAUGUUUACAUUUUACAAAAUGGGGUUUACAAACACAGUAGACAACUUCAAAUAUCUCAGCUGUGCAGAUUGUGAUGCAGGCCCUGUGGGAUAUUAUGAUAUGAAUACUAAACAUAGUUUUCUGGCAUUAUCUAGAGUAAAUCAUGUAUAAGAUAUAUGAAAACACUAACAGUGUUACUAAAAAAUGAGAAGUAAAGUUAUUACAAAUUUAAGACUUUUUCUGUGCUAUUACAAAAAAGCUAAACAUGUGGUUAACAUUGUUUUAUAAAAGUUCUAUUACAAAUCUGUGUCUUUCUGUUGUUUAGUGUUCAACAAUCUUUAGACAUUGCUUAUAUUAUUAAGGUUUUUCAAACACAGAUCAUAUUCAUAUGGAUUUUUUUUAUGAAGAUUUAGCUUCUGUGAUGACAGUGCAAUUGUGUUCCAUUUCUUUAUUCUACCUGUACUGAAGAGCUUAUGUUGUCUUUAACAAUGUUUUAGAUACACACAAGCUAAACAAAAUUUUGUAAUAGACAAAGAUAAAUCCAUUUCAGAUGUCGUUAUUGUUAGGUCACUGUCUAACUAAACAUAUGUCUAAGCCAUGUUUAAAUUAGAUUUUUAUAUAAUAACACAGUUUGUCUUUAUCUAACCCUUGUCACAACAGAAUUAAAUGAAAGGGAGAAGCAAUUUUAAAUUUGGAGUAACUUUACAUUGUGUUUAUUAAUAAGAAUCUAAUCUAGUAUAGAUUCAGUUCUUUUGUAAGAUAAUAAAAUAACUCAAAAGGGUGUAAAAUAUCUGUAAAUUCCAAAGAGUGUUCAAAUGUACUUGUGAAUGUUCUUAUGAACAUGUAAGACAUAAUACUUUACAAUUUAAACUGAGAUUUUGGUUUAUUUCUUCUCAGGCUUUUAAAACCUUAAAAUUGUUCUGGUUAGAUCAUUUUCAAAACCACCAUUAAUAAAUGUCUAUUCGAAGUUUGAUCUCAAAGUGGGAAAAUGUAUUGAAUCAUCUGUCCUUAUGUGUAAAAUGUAAGCUUACAAUAGUAAAAUAUUUGAUUAUGUAAUGUAUUUUUAUUUUUUCAAAGGUAUAUUGAUAUAAAGUUAUAUAAGAUAUAAA